AUGGACAUCACUCCUGCCAAAAAUGCAAGAAUGGAUAGCUUUCAAUCCCACGCCAGAAAAACCCAACUCAAGUGCAACAAGAAGAGGCUCACCCAAGACCAGAUUAGGCUCCUGGAGACAAGCUUCAGCUUCAACAAGAAGCUCGAUCCAGACCGAAAGUCCCAGCUUGCCCAGGAGCUAGGGCUUCCUCCGAGGCAGGUUGCUGUGUGGUACCAGAACAAGCGCGCACGGUGGAAGAACCAAAGCCUUGAGGUGGACUACAAGGCCCUCCAGGUGAGGCUCGAGAGUGUGUUGGAGGAAAAUGAGAGGCUUGGGAGAGAGGUUGUAAGGCUCAAGCAUGAGUUGCACAAGGCUCACGACGUGUUGAUCUCCUUCAACACAGCUUACAACAACAACCAUUCUUCCAUCCCCUCACUUUCAACCUCUUGUGAUGAAGUUGGGAGCUCUGGCUUGCUUCACGACUCCAAGCAGCACUUGGACAGGGAGCUUUUCGCCUGCCUGAUUGCUGGUGAUCAGGGCAAUUUGACAAGCCGGACGGUCGAGAUUUCUUUGCUCCAUCAAUAUCUUGAUGAACUCUUCAAUUCAGUGAUAAUUGAAUCAUGUUGGGGAAGUUAA